AUGGAGGUCUACAUAGACGACAUGCUGGUCAAAAGCAGAACUGUUGAUCAACACCUCCACAACCUCUCACUCAUGUUCGACGUCUUGAAGAAAUAUAACAUGCGCCUCAACCCGAACAAAUGUGCAUUUGGCGUCUCCUCUGGUAAAUUUCUCGGAUUCAUGAUCAGCCAACAAGGUAUUGAAGCUAACCCUGAGAAAAUUAAGGUGUUACUCAAUAUGCAAGUACCGAAGACACAGAUGGACAUUCAGAGCCUCACUAGGAGCCUCGUAGCCUUAGCACAAUUCAUAUCAAGGGCUACUGACCGAUGCACUCCCUUCUUCAAAGCCCUCAAAGGAGAGAGCCUUAUCCUCUACCUUUUGGUCUCGACAACGGCAAUCAGCUCUGUGCUGAUCCGCAAAGCCAACAUUGUUGAGCUUCCAAUCUUCUACACUAGCCACUCCUUACAAGAAGCUGAGCUUCAAUACCCGAGGCUGGAGAAGCUUCGGCCUUAUUUCCAGACUCACAUGGUCACAAUACUCAUCAAUCAGACUCUGCGCCAAGUCUUGCAGAAAUCGGAAAUGUCUGGGAGACUAAUCAAAUGGGCCAUCGAGCUCGGCGAGUUCGACGUUCAUUAUCAACCCAGACUUGCCGAAAAAGGAUAA